AUGCCAAGGGUCACCUUCGAUCGGCUAGAAAUCAAGCCAGAGGCGCUUAAAUGCACUGGGAAUCCAUUGUUGGGAUUCGGUAGAAAGCGAGUCGAAUUGAUCGACACAGUAGAAUUGCUUGUUCGAGCUGCCGAGAGGGAACUUGUCGAAAGCUUUGUGGUAGUGGAGAUCUAUCCAUGUUACAAUCUGCUGAUGGGGAGAAGGUGGAUUCAUAGAGUCCAGAGAGUCCCAUCAACCCUACACCAAGUGAUGAGAUGUCUGAGUCCGGAUGGAAAUAAGGUGAUUAAUAUCCAUAGGGACCAGGUUGCAGCAAAGGAAUACCGAACCACUAAAAUAGGUUCAUGGCUUGGCGAGGAAGAGAAGCGCCAGUUGAUUGAUUUCCUUUCCCAGAAUGCAGAUGUGUUCACUUGGAGCCCUUCGGACAUGCUGGGAAUCAACCCCUCUAUCUCUUGUCAUUCCUUUCGUGUAGAUCCGAACGUUAAACCUGUACGGCAGAAGCAAAGAAGGUUCGCCCUGGAGCGCAACCAGAUCAUUGUGGAUGAAGUUGAUAGAUUAUUAGAGGCUGGGUUCAUCAGAGAGGUUCAGUACCCGAUCUGGCUGUUGAAUGUGGUUGUAGUGCAAAAGAAGAACAGAAAGUGGAGGAUUUGA